CCCUCCAUGGUUUCUCCUCUCCGCGGGUAACUUGGCGUUUGGCUCAGUUCAUUAUACAGUCCCAUAUUCUUCCUCCAUUAGGGCAUCUCUCUGCCUUUGGACUGAAUAUAAAUUACACCGACACCCAAGACAAAAGUUCAACUUUCGUAGGGCGAGAUGGACAUGAAGAAGAGGAUACACUUGGAACUAAGAAACAGGACCCCAUCUGAUGUACGAGAACUUGUCCUGGAUAACUGCAGAUCAAAUGAAGGGAAAAUCGAAGGUCUCACAGCAGAAUUCGUCAAUCUGGAAUUCCUCAGUUUGAUAAACGUUGGCCUAAUCUCAGUCUCCAACCUUCCCAAACUUGGGAAACUCAAAAAGUUGGAACUCAGUGACAACAGAAUCUCUGGUGGCCUUGACGUGCUAGCAGAGAAACUCCCCAACCUCACACAUCUAAAUCUUAGCGGGAACAAACUGAAAGACAUCAGCACGUUGGAACCUUUGAAAAAGCUGGACGGCCUGAAGUCUCUAGAUUUGUUCAACUGUGAGGUGACCAACCUGAACGACUACAGGGAGAGUGUGUUCAAGCUGCUCCCUCAGCUCACCUACCUGGACGGGUAUGACGUGGAGGACCGAGAGGCAUCCGACUCGGACGGAGAGGUCGACGGUGUGGACGAUGAUGAUGAUGAGGAAGAUGAGGAGGGAGAGGAGGAAGACUUGGAUGAGGAGGAUGAUGACGAUGAAGAGGGAGUAGAAGGAGAGGAGGAAGAUGAGGUCAGCGGCGAUGAGGAGGAGGAAGACCUUGGCAUUGAAGGUGAAGUUGAAGACGAGGAGGAUGAGGACGACGAUGAAGAGGAAGUUGAGGCUGUCAAAGGCGAGAAGAGAAAGCGAGAACCCGAUGAUGAAGAUGACGAUGAUGAUGACGACGAGGACGACGAUUAAGAGCAAAAAAAACAAGAGCCUGUCAAGUUACCAACCCCUUCCCUCUCCACCCUUACACCCUGCCUACGCCACGCCUCUCCUCUCCCCCCCAGCUUUUGAGUCCCCGUGUGGGGAAAGACUGUACCGGAUGGGUGGUCCGAGUGGAGCUGCCUGCUCCCGAUGGAACCGAGAGCCAUUCCCAAGGUUCUCAAGCAGCGCACCACUCCGCAUUCCACAAUUUCACUGUCAACUCCCCCUUUAUGUAUACCUGUGUGAGGACUUUGGGACUGGUAUCUAGUUUUGGGUCUGUGCUUUUAAUAUUUUGUUGGAUGAACUCUGAAUUUAUAUUUUAUGUUGUUGGAUUUAUUAUUUCUUCCCCCUCUUCUUUUGUCUUUGUUUUAUUUUCCGUUCCUUAUCCCCCCCAAUAAAAUGAUUGCUAUAGCAGCUGUGUGAUGAGCGAGCUAUGAUUUUGUGGCCGCCUGUUGCACAAAUCAAGGUUGUAGCUACAUUUUUACUUCCUGUAUGACCAAACUACUUUGUAAAUAAAAUGUUACAAUUUUG